GAAGACGUCGCACGUUGUAAACAGUGUAGAAAAAAAAACACCUUUUGUCGGGCCGUUUGGCUCCCCGAAAAUGGAAUCUGAAGAGGGAACGACGGAAAUAACAACAAAGAUGACCGUGGAAAACCAGGAUCUAGGUUUCCUACAGCAGUCGGUUGGAGUGUUUAUGGCUGAAUAUGGCUGGUACCUGCUGUUCCUGUGUGUGGGUGUGUACCUGUUAAUCCAGCACGUGAGCAAGCGGAGAACCAGUCCAGAGAUGGGGGGCUCCACCCAUGUAACUGCUGAAGAUCCUGUAUCGGUGGUGAGACGGCAGGAGGCACUAGAAGCAUCCCGGCGGAGAUUGCAGGAGGAGCUGAACGCCAAAGCAGCUCAAUUCAAGGAGAGGCAACAAGCACUGGAGGAGGAGAAAAGGAGACAGAAGAUUGAGAUGUGGGAGAGCAUGAAGGAGGGAAAGAGCUACAAGGGGAAUGCAAAGAUAGCACAUCAGAAUACAGAAGAAGCCAGCUCAUCGGCUGUGCUGAAACCCAGGACUGAUAAGAAGCCUCUUAGAAACAGUGGGUUCAAUCCCCUGACAGGAGAAGGGGGAGGUACCUGUGCAUGGCGACCAGGCAGAAGAGGGCCCUCGGCUGGUGGAUGAGGUUAAAGAUGGUCAGAGUGACAGUGCUGCAGUGACCUCUGACACUGUCUCAAGAGCACACACAGACCAACUGAGCAUUGCUGCCAGCUCUAGUGAUGUUACGAAACAUGCUCUUCUAAUUAAAAUGGGUUUAAUCAUUGUAUACACUGUUUGGAUGCAUAAACUGAUACUACUUAAAAGCUUGACCCUUUGUUCUAUAAUUACAUCUCUCAAUGAAUUUGAACCUUUGAAAAGCAUAAUUCAGCACUUUGUAAGAAAUGUUAUACUGCUUAUACUGGAGCAAAUUAUAAUCAAUUCAUAGUCAGUGUUUAAUAUUUGAAUACUGAUGGUACCCAUUUUUGAUUAUUGUUGUGUAGUAGCAUUCUCAUGUAGGGAAGGGUGAUACCUGUCCUCAUUUUGAAGUCUUAGAACUAAGAUAUUGACAUCCUAGCUCUGCUGGGUGUAUGAGCUUGGCAGCUUCUAAUGAAGCCACACCCAGAAAGGGCAGAUGUGCCAGUGGGCGUGGCUGAUGAGUUUCAUAGGCAGUGUGUGUGUUCUAUUUUUUGUUUAAAUUUUGUAGUUAAAAGUACAAUACGUCUUCAUGUGUGUCUGUAGAUGAAAGCCAGAUGGCUACCGCAAUGUGCCAUAUCCCUAUAAUUGGUGUGUAUACUCUGUAACAGCCUGAAGAUUGAGUGUGUCUUAUGUAGUGAAAAAUGCAAAUCCCUCCUAGAGGAGUCUUUCUGAAUAAAAUUGUGGGGAAAGUACUCAUUUUACUCUCAUCCAGAAGUCUUGGUAAUGGGUGGAAAUGACAAGGCUAUAAUCAAAUUUAAUGCUUUUAAAAUGUAUUUAUCAUAAUAAAAAGCCAACAUGGUAUGUUGUCCUCUUUAUUGUGCUCAUUUUUGAAAACAUAUUUUAAUGCUUGGAGCACUUGGCUGUGGUAUUCAGUUUAAAAGUGAAUUUAUGUUAUUCUUAUUCAGCUGUUCUGGCUUUAAAUUUUGCUUAUUGUAUACCCGGUUACGGAAGCAUUAGCUAUAGCCCUCUUUCUGCAGCACAUCUUUAGUUAGUGACA